GUACCACAUUAAGUUUAUCCUUUGUAGAAUAUGAAUUUUUAUAUUUUCUUAUUUAGUCAUUUUACAAAUCUAAACAUUUAAAGGAAUAUGUCAGAAUCUUUAAUAAGUGCACUAUCUCCAAUUUCGCAGAGAAAUAAAUUCAGGCAGAACAAUGUUAAAGCCAAAUCCACUGGAGAAUCUGAAACAUCAGCUGCAGCCAAAACAGCAGGUGACCAACAAGAGGACUGCAGAAGACAAAUCAAGACACAAAAUAGUGGCACUAAGCUCACUGGACCAGUCAUCCUAGAUUUAGGAACAGGCUACCUCAAAGCUGGCUUCGCUGGAGAAAAGAAACCUUUGUGCGUCAUCUCCAGUGUGAUAAAAAAGGUGAGGGAAUUCCCUGGAAACUGCAAGCAGAGCUUUGCAGGAAAACUUCUGGAAAAGCCAGAACAUGAUCUGAUUUAUCCACUGAAGAACGGUCUUGUGGAUGACUGGGAUACCUUGGAAGAACUUUGGAAACACGUCUCUGAGAAAGAACUGGGGAUUGCCACUGAGGACCACCCUGUCCUGGUGAGUGAACACCCUCUGACCCCUACCAGGAGUAGGGAGAAGAUGGCAGAGCUCAUGUUUGAGACCUUCAGCGUCCCUGCUGUGCACAUGGCCUACCAGCCUGCACUACUGCUCUACUCUUACGGCAAAACAAGUGGGCUUGUGCUCGAGAGUGGCCAUGGGGGCUCUUAUGUUGCUGCAGUGUACAACGGUUGUCACAGGCCAACCACAGCCUGUGUGGUGGACUACGGAGGACAGACCCUCAAUGCCCACUUGCUAAGGCUGCUCAAUGAGUCUGGGCAAGGGAUUCAGGACCAUUCUCUCAACAUUGUAGAGGAGAUUAAGGAGAAAUGUUGUUAUGUUGCUCGUGACAUUGAUUACGAGUUGUAUCUGCCAGAAAGCCGGUACAAGGUAGAGUAUGAGUUGCCUGAUGGACGUAUAAUAUUUGUUGGUAAGGAGAGGUUCACUUGCCCAGAAGCCUUGUUCCACCCUAACAAGAUGGGCUCUACCGAACCAGGACUGCCGACCCUGAUGAUGAACUGUAUCAACAAACAAGACAGGAGGACAAGGGGGGAGCUCCUAAGGAACAUUGUUAUUGGUGGGGGCUCGACCAUGUUCAUGGGUUUUCCCAAGCGCUUGACUCAGGAAUUAGGUAGGCUGUCUCUGAACAGUGAUGUGCUAAUAGAGGCAGGAUUCCAGAGAAAACACACAGUCUGGAUAGGGGGAUCUAUCUUGGCAUCUCUGAGGUCUUUCCAUCCUCUGUGGGUUCAGAAAAAGGAGUAUGAUGAGAAGGGGGUCUCUGCACUUCACAGGAAAUGUCUUUAAGAGAUUGUGUAAGAGCGACACUCUUCAUCUGUUUCAGGCUGUGUGAAAUCACUUCUCUCAAUUUUUCACUUAAAAUAAAGAAAUACAUUUCUGCA